ACAUGAAACCAAUUAAAGUUAGGAAAUUAGGGUUCUAGAUCUAUUCGAUUAUCUCCUUCAGAAAUACUCCCAAGAGAGUCGAAGCACUCCUUCGAAGGUGCGAUUGAAGAGGUUUAAUCGGUGCUGAUUGAUUCUCUCCUUCAAAGACCACAUUCCGCCCUGGAAUUUCAUGCAACUUGCAAGUUUUGAGCCUUCUCUGUAAUCAUCUUCAAAAAAAAAAAGAAGAAGGCCUUACUGAUGGCAAAGGAAGAGUUAAAUUCAAUACUACCAAUUGAAGAACAAGGAACUUCGGAGUUUGUAGAUUUCAAAGAAGCCAGUAGCAUUUCCUGUGUGUUGCAAAAAGAAGUUGAGGAGAAAGUAGAUAAUUUGGAUUUAGAUGAGCCACCAGAUUUGCCAGAAUGUACAAAGAAGAAGAAGAAGAAAAGUAAAAGCAAGAAGAAGAAAGAACUGCCAGAGCAAACUGAUCCACCAUCUAUUCCUAUUGUUGAACUUUUCCCUUCUGGGGAGUUUCCUGAGGGUGAAAUUCAACAAUACAAAGAUGAUAACCUAUGGAGGACUACAUCUGAAGAAAAGAGAGAGUUGGAGCGCCUGGAAAAACCCAUAUAUAAUUCUGUUCGUCGAGCUGCAGAAGUUCAUCGUCAGGUUCGAAAAUACAUCAAAGGUAUUUUGAAGCCUGGGAUGUUAAUGAUUGACUUAUGUGAAACCCUGGAGAAUACCGUCCGUAAGUUGAUAUCGGAGAAUAGUCUACAAGCAGGCAUUGCGUUCCCUACAGGGUGCUCUUUGAAUUGGGUUGCAGCUCACUGGACUCCAAAUUCCGGAGACAAAACUGUACUUCAGUAUGAUGAUGUGAUGAAAUUGGAUUUUGGAACUCAUGUUGAUGGACACAUAGUUGACUGUGCUUUUACUGUGGCAUUCAAUCCUAUGUUUGAUCCUUUGCUUGAAGCCUCACGAGAAGCAACGAACACGGGUAUCAAGGAGUCUGGAAUUGAUGUACGUCUUUGUGAUGUUGGUGCUGCAAUCCAAGAGGUUAUGGAAUCAUAUGAGGUUGAUAUCAAUGGAAAGGUGUUCCAAGUCAAAAGUAUACGAAACUUGAACGGGCAUAGCAUUGGGUGCUAUCAAAUCCAUGCUGGAAAAUCUGUUCCCAUAGUGAAAGGAGGUGAACAGACAAAAAUGGAAGAGGGUGAAUUUUUUGCAAUUGAAACUUUUGCAUCGACAGGUAAGGGAUAUGUAAGAGAAGAUCUGGAGUGUAGCCAUUACAUGAAGAAUUUUGAUGCCGGCCAUAUUCCACUUCGGUUACCCAGAGCAAAGCAACUGCUAGCAACAAUUAACAAGAACUUCUCAACAUUGGCCUUUUGCAGACGUUAUUUAGACCGCCUUGGGGAGACAAAAUAUCUAAUGGCAUUAAAGAAUUUGUCUGAUGCUGGUAUUGUUCAGCCUUAUCCUCCUCUUUGCGACAUCAAAGGCAGCUAUGUAUCUCAGUUUGAGCAUACCAUAUUACUCCGACCAACUUGCAAAGAGGUCAUUUCAAGAGGUGAUGAUUAUUGAUUGUUGACAAAGGUUUGACAUGUUGACUGGAUGAUACCAGUCUGGUGGCUCCAUAUUCCAAUCCGGCUUAUAAUAAAGGCACUGCAGUCCUCUGUUAUGCAAUCUCUCCCUAUCCAUCCCCAGCUCUUCUACACACAACACACACACACACACACACCCUUCUCUCUUCCCUACAAGUGAUUGUUUUUGGUAAAUUGUUACACUCCCUUGGAAUGCAAUUUGAUGCCAUUAUCCUACUGGUUUUGUGGAAUUGAUGAUUUGCUUAUUGGGAUUCCAACGCCCAAGUUGUUGCUAUGAUUUUCUUGUCUAAAAUUUGAGUACUGUGGUAAGAGAUUUCAUGGAAUGCAAGGAAAAAAGAGAAUUUCUUUA